GCCCUUAAAGAGUGCACGCGUGACAAGACCAUGCAGGACGUCUAGAUCGGUUUGCUGAUUUUCGCCUUUUUUUUCUUCUUCUAAGAAAGUUAUUAGCAGCAGGGGAAGUCUAUCUUCAGAGAUACCCCCCCCCAUCCCCUUUGCAAACAUGUAUAUAAAAAUCCUAUUCGUGCCAUUUGGCGAUGACACUGCUGCAGAAAUCCGCUCCUGGUCCUAAUUGAAAACUCGUGCAGGCUCAUGAUGAAUUACGCAGCAGGUUUUCUGAAAGUUUGUGCCUGGACGGUGAUGGUGUCGGCCACCUCGCAGGCACGGCGUGCACCGAAACAGCCUUCGUGCAGCCUGAAGGGGCUGACCAAUCUGACCCGGAGCGAAGUUGCCGAGAGUCUGGCCCUUUUUGAGGAGGCCAACGGGAACGACUCCGGCACGUGGUCCCCAGGCUUCCCUGAGCUGAGGGUCCGCCCGGACCCCUCCAAGAUCCAGUGCAGCCUCCUCUUCAUGGUCAAAGGCCUGGAGGAAGUGCUGGAGGACCAGAGGAGCAACCUGAAUCCGGGGGCUGUUGCGCUCCACGGGGCGCUCGAGCGCGCCAUCUUCAACGCCCGCAUGCUCGCGAAUUGUGUGAAUCACACCCUCGGAUGGCAGUGCGACUUCCCGCCGCCCGCGCCCGCGAUGCCCACCGGGCAUCUGUUCCAGAGGAUUCAGUGGAGUUGCACGCUGCUGCAGGCGGCCAGGGGCUAUCUGAAGUGGCUGCAGCACCAGUUCAGUCUCCACUGUUCAAAGGCGACGGGGAAAGGUGAAGGCAAAGUCCACGUGGCAACGCAUCCGCGAUACCUGGAGGCGAGCGGAUACCUCCCGUAGUCUGGACAAGUCGUUGACACAGAUGUUGUCGCAGUUUUUCUGUUGGGGGGGGGGGGGUUUGCAGCUUUUC